CGUUUCACCCGGCGCAUUAACCGGUACGAUAGCUCCUUUACAAUUAUUGCGAUUAGUUACGUGAAUGACCCCGAAGGGCGUAUGGUGAAACGAGGAGGUUGAGAGGGGGUGAGCAGGACACGGGAAAUCACGACACGUCGGUCUAAUUGAGGCCAGAUAAGGACCUCGGACGUAGGUUUAACGUUGAUGGCUGCGUUUACUCUCUUUGUGUGACUCAUACCCUCUACAACCGAAGAGCAGUCGAACAAGCGACAAUGGGGCAAGGCAAAAACGAGAGGCCAAGACAGGUAAGCGCCGCGUGUCGUCGUCCAUGUUUACACACCGAUGCCCAGGAGACGAUGCAGAAGCGAAGAAAAGGCGUCAAGGUGGCCAGACCCAACACACAUCACCCUUUCUCAACCAGUAUCUUCCCCGAAGUGUCACCCGGGGGCAACUCGAGUACUCAACAGGACCAAGGUCGUCCACACAAAUACUCGAUGUGCAGAGUGGUACGUCUUCUGGAAUCAAUUACCGAAGCCCCUGGGGGUGAAUUGUUCAUCGGAUAUACAUCUAGAAACAGUAGUGUAUGAGUGGCUAGUUUGCAGUACUCUCUUGUACUCCAUAGGCGACCACUUGAUUACGUCAGUUAGGUGAGUAGCAGCUCAAUUCUGGCUAUGAAGCCACCAGUGCACUACAACCCUGUCUACUCCUAGCUCAUCCUCAGGAUGGCAAAGCCAGUGGCAAGCUUCUCACCCCAAACCAUUCUCCGUGCAUAAGCAAAGCUAUUUCACAUAGGCACUACUUACACCUCAAUAUGCUUCUGUGUUCUCCUGUGAGUAUCCGUGUAGUUUAUGGCUUAAAGUCGAGCUGCAAUGGCCUGUAGACUCACUGUACAGUAACUACAGUGUAGAGACACCCGAACGUAAUUAGUCGUGAGUGAAUAUCGAUUAUCUCAACUACUAUUGAACAAUCAGAACUUAUGUACUGAGUCUUGCACGUGGGCUAGGGCUUCUCCACAGAUUACCAUUAUCGCAUGACAUUUUAUUAUUGCACUGCAAUAAUUUAACGUACACCUUUUGUCGGAACGAAAUCACUCGACAAGGAUUAACUUUUAUUGAUGCAACGAUUUGUUAAUUAGUUUGUACUGAAAAUACAGCAAUCAAUGUUAACAAU